UCAUCCCUGUGACCGAAAAAAAAAAAAAAAAAAAACAGGCAGGGAGACGGUGGGGUGGAGUACAGGAAGCUGCUGUCCCCGAAUAUCUGAACAUGGGCGACAUCCACUAGCUGCAUUAAUCACUGAUUUUUUUCUUCCUUUGCGGACCAUAGGCUUCGGAAAUUUGUGAUAUUUUUCUGGACUGAGUCGGAGAUUUAACCGCAAGAAGAUGUCUCGGGGAGUGAUCCAGCCCAGCCAGCAGAAGCUGGCAGAAAAACUCACCAUCCUCAACGACCGAGGCAUCGGGAUGUUGACCCGUGUUUACAAUAUCAAAAAGCAAGGACAAGUUUGGAAGUUUCCCAGUGUGAGUCAAAGGGCGUGCGGGGAUCCCAAGGCUAAGCCAUCCUAUCUUGUUGAUAAGAACUUGGAGUCAGCUGUAAAAUUUAUUGUUCGGAAGUUUCCUGCUGUGGAGACACGGAAUAACAAUCAACAGCUGGCUCAGCUGCAAAAGGAGAAGUCAGAGAUUCUGAAGAACCUGGCUCUGUACUAUUUUACCUUUGUAGAUGUUAUGGAGUUCAAGGACCAUGUGUGUGAGCUGCUGAACACUAUUGACGCCUGCCAGGUCUUUUUUGAUAUUACGGUAAACUUUGACCUGACCAGGAACUACCUGGACUUGGUGGUGACAUACACUACUCUGAUGAUAAUACUGUCUCGCAUAGAGGAGAGAAAAGCCAUCAUCGGGCUGUACAACUACGCCCAUGAGAUGACACAUGGAGCUAGUGACCGUGAGUAUCCCAGGUUGGGCCAGAUGAUUGUGGAUUACGAGAACCCUUUGAAGAAGAUGAUGGAGGAGUUUGUCCCACAUGGCAAGUCUCUGUCCGAUGCGUUGAUCAGCCUUCAGAUGGUCUAUCCCAGGAGGAAUCUGUCUGCUGACCAAUGGAGGAAUGCCCAACUGCUGUCUCUCAUCUCUGCCCCCUCCACCAUGCUCAACCCUGCUCAGUCAGACACUAUGCCAUGUGAAUACCUAUCACUGGACACAAUGGAGAAAUGGAUUGUUUUUGGUUUCAUCCUGUGCCAUGCAGUGCUGAACAGUGAUGCUGCAGCUCUGUCUCUGUGGAAGCUGGCUCUGCAGAGCUCCACCUGCCUCUGUCUGUUCAGGGAUGAAGUCUUCCACAUCCACAAGGCUGCAGAGGAUCUCUUUGUCAACAUCAGAGGGUACAACAAACGCAUCAAUGACAUCAGAGAGUGCAAAGAACAGGCUCUGUCUCACGCAGGCUCCAUGCACAGAGAGAGACGCAAGUUCCUCCGAUCAGCUUUAAAGGAGUUAGCCACCGUCUUGGCUGACCAGCCGGGCCUACUAGGUCCUAAGGCAUUAUUUGUGUUCAUGGCGUUAUCAUUCGCCCGUGAUGAAAUCAUCUGGUUGCUUCGACAUGCAGACAACAUCCAGAAGAAAAGCACAGACGACUUCAUUGACAAACACAUAGCAGAGUUGAUCUUCUACAUGGAGGAGCUCAGAGCUCAUGUCAGGAAGUAUGGUCCUGUGAUGCAGAGGUACUACGUCCAGUACCUGUCUGGGUUUGAUGCGGUCGUGCUCAAUGAACUGGUGCAGAAUCUAUCUGUGUGUCCAGAGGAUGAAUCUAUAAUUAUGUCUUCUUUUGUCAACACUAUGACUUCCCUCAGUGUCAAACAAGUGGAGGAUGGAGAGGUGUUUGAUUUCAGAGGCAUGAGACUUGACUGGUUCAGAUUGCAGGCUUACACGAGUGUCUCUAAAGCCAGUCUCGGUAUAGCUGACCACAAGGAGCUUGGUAAAAUGAUGAACACCAUCAUCUUCCACACCAAGAUGGUGGACUCGCUGGUGGAAAUGCUGGUAGAAACAUCAGACCUGUCCAUUUUCUGCUUCUACAGCCGUGCAUUUGAGAAAAUGUUCCAGCAGUGUUUGGAGCUUCCCUCCCAGAGCCGACACUCAAUCUGCUUCCCACUGCUCUGCACACACUUCAUGUCCUGUACACAUGAGCUCUGUCCUGAGGAGCGUCACCACAUAGGUGAUCGAAGCCUGUCGUUGUGCAAUAUGUUUCUGGAUGAGAUGGCUAAACAGGCCAGAAAUCUGAUAACUGACAUCUGUACCGAGCAGUGUACACUCAGCGACCAGCUGCUUCCUAAGCACUGUGCGAAAACCAUCAGCCAAGCCGUGAACAAGAAGAGCAAGAAGGCGACAGGGAAGAAAGGCGAACCAGAGAGGGAGAAACCAGGAGUGGAGAGCAUGAGGAAGAACAGACUACUGGUCACCAAUCUGGAUAAACUCCACACAGCACUAUCUGAACUCUGCUUUUCCAUCAACUAUGUACCCAACUUAGUGGUCUGGGAGCACACGUUCACACCGAGAGAGUACCUCACCUCACACCUGGAGAUCCGAUUUACCAAGUCUAUAGUGGGAAUGACCAUGUAUAACCAGGCUACCCAGGAGAUAGCCAAGCCCAGUGAGCUGCUGACAAGCGUCCGGGCCUACAUGACUGUGCUGCAGUCCAUAGAGAACUACGUCACUAUUGACAUCACCCGGGUCUUUAACAAUGUCCUCCUGCAGCAGACACAGCACCUGGACAGCCAUGGGGAGCCCACCAUUACCAGUCUGUACACAAACUGGUACUUGGAGACUUUGCUGCGUCAGGUCAGUAAUGGACACAUCGCCUACUUCCCUGCCAUGAAAGCCUUUGUCAACCUGCCUACAGAAAAUGAGCUGACUUUCAACGCUGAGGAAUAUUCUGACAUCUCGGAGAUGCGUUCUCUGUCUGAGCUGUUGGGGCCCUACGGUAUGAAGUUCCUCAGUGAAAGUCUGAUGUGGCACAUCUCAUCGCAGGUUGCUGAGCUGAAGAAACUGGUUGUGGAGAACAUGGAAGUGCUGACACAGAUGAGGACAAGUUUCGACAAACCCGAUCACAUGGCCGCCCUCUUCAAGAAACUCACCUCUGUGGACAGUGUUUUGAAGAGAAUGACCAUCAUCGGGGUUAUAUUGUCCUUCCGCUCCUUGGCUCAGGAAGCUCUGAGAGAUGUGUUGUCCUGUCAUAUUCCUUUCCUGGUUAGUUCAGUGGAGGAUUUUAAGGACCACAUCCCCAGAGAGACAGACAUGAAGGUGGCCAUGAAUGUGUAUGAGCUGUCCUCAGCAGCAGGUUUACCCUGUGAGAUCGACCCAGCUCUGGUGGUCGCCCUGUCCUCACAAAAGAGCGAAAACAUCAGUCCAGAGGAGGAGUACAAGAUCGCCUGCCUGCUCAUGGUGUUUGUGGCAGUCUCUUUGCCAACACUGGCCAGCAACGUGAUGUCACAGUACAGCCCUGCCAUUGAAGGCCACUGUAACAACAUCCACUGCCUGGCCAAAGCCAUCAACCAGAUCGCAGCUGCUCUCUUCACCAUCCAUAAGGGGAGCAUAGAGGACCGCCUCAAAGAGUUCCUGGCACUGGCCUCAUCUAGUCUGCUGAAGAUUGGCCAGGAGACGGACAAAAUGACAACGCGUAACAGAGAAUCUGUCUACCUACUGCUGGACAUGAUUGUGCAGGAGUCUCCAUUCCUGACCAUGGACCUGCUGGAGUCUUGUUUCCCAUACGUCCUGCUGCGAAACGCCUACCACGCUGUCUAUAAACAGAGCAUCAGCGCUAACGCCUAAACAUACACACAGUAACACGAGGCCAAGUCUGUUUACCAUCAAGAGCGUCUUUGCUCGUACAUAGACACGAUUACACACUAACAGCAUACACUAAAUACAAAGUUAAUACACUAAAACUAUGCCUACAAAGCCUCAACAUAAUGAUGCACACAACUGUAACACACUAAACACGUAGCAUUCAAACUGAACAAACACACUGAACGCCUAAAAGAAUACAGAAUACAAAAAUUCCAUGCUCAAAAAUAACCAAAUAAAACCACACUGAAAUUAGACAAACGUGAACAGCCUGUACAGAAACACACACUAGCUGGAUGAUGUUGGGGGAUCAGUGUCUUUAUUUAAAUCAUUGUACUUUUUCAUGAUGUUGCCAGGGACCAUAACCAUAGCAACACACAAUAUACCAUAUGUUUGGUUGGUAUAAAAGAACAAAAAUAUAAAUAUAUAGUAUAUAUAUAGUUGACACUAAAAUAUUCUUUUUCCUUUUUUUUUCCUUUUGAUGAAAGAUUUGAGAUUUUUAGUGGCCAGCUGACAACUUGUAUGUGGUGAUGAAUUUGGAUGAUUUUCUUUGGGAAUGCAAAUGAUGUGAUGUGGGUUUUUGAUUUCACUGAGGACAGUGGCUGAUGAUUCCUGUGUUGAUACUGAAAGACGUGUUGCUUGUUAAUGUACGUUUAUGCAUAUAUACACACAGUAACAGACAUCCCAAGCAGAUAUAUAACUACAUACACACUAAUGUUGCAACAUUUCAUAGUGAAGCCACACAAACACACACUUGUAUAACAUGGUGAUGUUUUCUUUCUUUUUUUCUAGCUAGUCGUAACAUGAACUUUUUGUGGGUAAAGAUAUAAUAUCUGUAUUCUGCUUUGAUGUGAACUGAACUCGUCUGUUUUUAAUGUUUAUGUUUUGUUAUUUUUAUGACGACGAUGAUUUGCCAAAUGUAUUGACACUAAAAACAAAAACAUUGUGUAUCAGGGCUUAGAAGUGGAGUGUUUGGGUAUUAAAGGGUGAAACGCCGCUUUAAGUGUUUGGAUGGGUUUGGACAAUUCCUAAAAAUGAUUUGUCUGACUCUAUGGCAGCUCUCUUAAGAGAAAGGAAAAACCUCUACAGUGGGAACAACUUUUAAAAAGAAAUCUUAACUACACCUGAAUACACUUCAGCUCUAGUUUUAGUUCUUCAGUCAAUUAAAGGUCCAGUAGUUGCUGCUGUUUUUCUCCAGUCUUGUAAAGUAAACCAAUCAAGCCAGUAUAUUGUGCAUUUUAUAUGAAGUGCAACUUUCCAGCUUGUAUUGAGGUCGGUUUUGCUUGUUUUCAGCACUUCUUUUUCCUUAUUGUCGUCAUUUUAACUUUUUUUUUUUACAUUAGGCCUUACUGAAGCAGCUGGAGAGUUAACAGUCCAUCUUAUCACCGUCUACACUCUGUGAUUAGAAGAGCUUGCUCUUACUUAAAUAGCAAAUAGCAAAUUUAACAAAUAGACCAAAUUUAUUCAGCUGCAAUUUUCCUCGGACAUCAUGCUCAGGAGGGGAAAUACAGUACAUAGGAUAAUGUCAUAUCACUGUGUUAAAGUUAUA